GCUUCCGCUGUCGCUUAUGCUCCGACAGCAGGCCAACAGGCAGCCAGCCAUCUCGUCAAGUGGAUUUCAUUUCAGUUUCAUUUCAAACGUCGUGCGGUGUUGAAGUGUGUUACGGCGCGUCUCUUCCGCUACUUCGAAUUGAAUUUCAUUUUGAAAACUCUCAUACACAAACACACACACACUAGCGUGUAUUCUCAAAAGCAAAAAAAAAAAAACUUUUGAGCAGCAUUUUCAUUUUGAUAACAACGAAAUUGUGUAGCGGCAUACAACAGCCGGAAAGCGUUGCGGUCAAAAGGAAGCGGGUAACAACAAUAAAAAAUUGACCGCAUUCAGCGCGAUGUGACCCUGAUCAUAUGGAAAGCAUGAAAUGCAUGGCAACAGAGGCAUGAAAAGUUAAAAAAAAGAAAUGGAAGAAAUACCAAAACGCCUCAAAAUCAAAGGAAUUCACUAAUAGAAUAGAGUCUUCUAUGUCGAGAAAAGUCCAGCGCAAAGGCAAAAUGCAUAAAUAAAUUAGUAGUAGAAGCGAAAAUAAAACAAAUAACAGAAAUUCUUUCACAUUAAAUACAAAAAGGGCAGCUAGCAUGCGAUGACCUCCAGACAUUUUUAUAUCUACGAGCACAAUCACCGCGCCAGCACCAACAUUUUCCACAGAAACGAACGUAAUCCUACACCAAAUAAAAAAAUUGGAAAACAUAAAUUCAUGAACUAAAUAUUUGUUAAAUCAAUUUUGCAUUGGUCUUAAUUCAUCAUAGUUGUAACGCAAAAAGUGAAAAAAUAUGUUUAAAAAAAAUAUUUGAAAUUCAUAAAGUGAAAAAAGCAUCAAUGCAUAAUCAAUUAAAUUUGUGGAAAAGAAAUUUUCAAUACCAAAGAGUAAAUAAAAGGAUUUAAUAAAACUGCAGCAACUACUUGAGAAACGAAUGUUUGUCAUUGAUAAAACAUCAACCACAUGCAUUCAUCCUACAUAGUAAACUAUAUGACAAACACACAAAAACAUACAAUUGAAUAAACAAGCAUUUCACACAGUCAUUGCAAGGUUGCAGUUAACUAAAAACCAAGAAAAAGUCAUCAUUCAAUACUUCACGGAGCACAAUCAAAAAGAUUCGAGCACAGAACGACAACAACUUACGAACAGACAGACCGACAAACAUACAAACAUACACACUCAUAUCAGAGAGAAACAUAAACGCAAAAUACAUACACUUACAACAAAAAGCCGUACGGAAUUGACAACAGAGCAGCGGAUACGACCCUGAAAGCGCACAAAAAAAAAGAGGAAGCAAAAGGAUACUACGACAACAGCGACAACGAGAAAGUCAAUGACGAGAGUGAAGACGAAGCCAAGAGCACACAGCGAACAGCAUAAAACAGAGUAGGGAAGACUUCAUGUGCAACGAGCAAUGCCAAAGCAAGUCGUUAAAAGCACAACAACGUCCGCAGCAAUAAGAAGUGAAAAUAAACGAGUGCAUAAAAAAGUGAAAAAAUAAGCAAUAGAAAAAAGAAGUAAAUUAAAUAAAAGUUGUGAGUAAAAAUUGAAAAGAAAAAAAACUUUACUUGCAGCUGUUCUCAGUGUAAUCAACAACUUUGUUGUCAAAACAAAAUAAAAAAUUUGCAAAGCUAUCGAAUUUCGAGAUAUUUGUAAUCGAAAUUAUUUCAUCAAAACACGUCAUCCAAUCACACGAGUCGUUUGAAAACAACAAAAUUUGCAUUCAUAAUUUAACAAAAACAACAACAACAACAAGUUGACACAACAUUUGCUAGCAAUAUGUUGCUGGCAAGAAGAAGAGUAGCAACGGCGAUGAUGAGCACAAAUUCGGGUUACAGCAAUAUGGUUAGCAUGCUGUUGGCAGCGUUGCUAACACUGGCAUGCAUAUCACCAGCGCAAGCAGCGAUAGAUGAAACCAUCAGCGAACACGAAGGCAAAUCCGUGGUGAUACCCUGUCCGGUGAACAAAGCGAAGUGCGGUGAUCUGCAUUCGAUAAACUGGUUCAAGGGCGAUGACCGCAUUGCAGCAAUGCUUUUGGGUGACAGCAAUGUGACGAGCGUAUCAGAUGAAUUUGCGAACAGAGUCACAGUGGACCAAAAUCCAUUUAGAUUAAUAAUAAAGGACUUAAAAAUAUCUGAUGAGGAUAUCUAUCUUUGUGAUACAACAUUUCUUAUACCAAUCGAAACGUGUGAUAAUUUCAACGGCUAUCGUGUCGAGUUGAAUGUCUUAGUGCCACCAACAGAGGUUGUGAUUCUGGAUGAGAAGGGUGAUCGCAUCGAGAACGGUUCAAUUAUUGGACCCAUGCAGGAGCGUCAAACAUUGAAAGCGACGUGUGUGGUACGCGACACACGACCACAACCACAGGUCGGCUGGUGGCGGGGGAAUAAACGACUAAUGACGCAUUCCGCCUCAUAUGUCGAAACAGAUGGCCUAUUCACUGCCACAUUGGAACUAACACAGGAAUUGUCACGUGACGAUUUGGCGCGAGACAUUGAGUGUCGCGUAGAAUCAGCAGCACUGCCAAACAAGCUAAUCAACAAAUUUCGUGUCGAUUUACAAGUACGUCCGACGAGCAUAUCCAUUAACGGUGUGGAGCAUCAUACGGUGCAAGGCAGCAAAGUUGUGCUGACAUGUGAUGUUCAUGGCGCGCGACCAGCAGUAAAUUUAACGUGGUAUAAUUCUUCGGCAGUUAUUAGUCCCGAAGAGAAUGAACUGACUGAAAUUAGGACCAAAGCGUUCGAAAAGGACGACGGCACGUAUCACACGCAAUCCGAGCUUAUCUUCAAUGCGACACGUUUCGAGAACGACAUGAUUUUCCGGUGCGAUGCGGACAAUGUAGUGCUGCAGCUAAAUCGAGAGAAACCAUUUACAUCAUCGCUGACACUGGAAGUUUUAUAUCCACCAGUGGUUAAAGUUAGCCCUCCCGAGAUAACGGUAAACACCAGCGACACAGUGCUGUUGAAUUGUGAAUAUGUGGCAAAUCCGGCGUCGUUGACACAGGUUGUGUGGUAUCGCAACGGUGAUUUAGUCAAUGUCAACGACACCGAACGUUAUGAGGGCGGCAAUUCCGAGAAUGUUGCACUAGUUAUACGCGCCACCGACAAGGAAGAUGUCGGCAACUACACCUGUCAACUGUCAAAUGUCAUUGGCAAGGGCAUCUCCGAGCAGCAAAUCGAUCUGGAUGUGCAGUUUGCACCAAUUGUCGAAGUGCUGAUGAUACCCGAGGGUCCCGUCAAGGAGAGUGACGAAUCGAAUGUGACACUCUACUGCAACAUCUUAGAGGCUAAUCCAGCGGUGCUGACAAAAGUACGUUGGUAUGCCAAUGCGACGUUGCUCAAGGAGUUGCCCGAUUGUGAGGAGACAAAGGAGGACCUGUGCCACAUCGAUCCUAGUAAAUUGUUGCUGGAAAGCAUUGGCCGUGGCUUCUUUUACAACUACUCUUGUGAGGGCUACAAUGCGGCCGGUUGGGGACCUCGUAGCGAAGAUAAAGAAUUAAUGGUCCAUUAUGAACCAGGUCCGGCCACCCUCACCCAUUUCCCUCUGACAGCGGUGAAGAAGAAGAGCGUAACAUUCUCCUGCUCGGUGGACGACCCCGGAUAUCCCGAAUCGAAUAGAUUCCGCUGGCUACGUGGCGGACGUGGUCCUCUGCAAGAUAUCGUCACCAAGGAUUGGACGGUGGAGCCGGUGGGCUUGGACAGUCGCACCAACUACUCAUGCUAUGCUUACAAUGAGGGUGGAAAGGGUGUCAUGGCAACGGUUGAUCUAGUAGUGCACGCACCACCAUUCUUCAUUAAGAAUCUGGUGCCGUAUACGGGCAUGUUGCACACCUCACGCACAGCGAAUUUGACGUGUCGCAUUGAGUGCGUGCCACGUUGUGAAAUUACCUGGUUGAAGGGUACAGAGCCCAUCGAGCUGAACGACACGCGGUACUUCAUCAAGGAGAAGUAUGUGGACGCAUCACCUGCAACGGGCGAUUUCGAAAGCAUGCUCUCCGUGUUGCACUUCAACAUGUCGAAUUGGCCCAACCAAAAAUUCGAUAUUGAAUCGGAUAGCGCGAACUACACAUGCGUGUCGACCGGCAAUACUGUUGGACCCGGAAUAAAGAGUUCGACAUAUUUUUCCAUUGAAUAUGCGCCUGAUAACUCUACCGUUUCGGAGGAAAAGGUUUACGUGCAGGAGGGCACCAUACCCGGACGUGUCAUUUGCAAUGCCAAAGCAAAUCCCAGCGCACACUACAGUUGGUUUUUCAACAAUACAAAAUUGGGACAGGAUCAGGCGUUAAUCAUCAACACGCCAAUGACACGCAAUGACUCUGGAGUUUACACAUGUGUUGCCUCGAAUAAGCAUGGACGGAGUACAGCCGAAACAAUCAUUGAUGUACAAUUUAAGCCACGUUGCGAAAUUGAAAGGCACGAGAUCGAUGACCAGGAUACACUAAUUUGCACAGCAUUCGGAAAUCCUCUAGAGGCUGAUUUUUCAUGGUCAAUUAAAGCGGAAAAUGACAGCGCCGAAUGGCUGGGCAGCGGCGAGCGUCAAGGUUUUGCCGAAAAGAGUUUUUAUGUGCUGGACGAUGAUUAUGCGAUUGCACGCACAUAUCGUUGCGUUGCCAAUAACACCGUCGGCCCGGGGACAUUCUGUGAAAUCGAAGUGGCUGAACAACUGGCAUGGUGGCAACGUUGGGAUAAGACAACACUUAUCAUAUUGAUUGCCUCAAUAUUAGCGCUGCUUUUAGCGGUGAUAAUCAUUUGUUGCAUCAUCAUAUGCAUCUGUCGUCGACGCAGACGUCAAGAUAAAUUACAAGACAAGUCAUCUUCACUGGGGGAUCCAUUGACGGAACCUGGCGAGUAUGAGAAUCUACCAUUUCAUGGUCUGCAAACGGCUCCUAACAAGUUCUCUACGACUCUUACAAAUUUUAAUAACAACACCAAUGUGGUGCGCGUCGCUCCACGACCCAAGAGACUCAAUGGAAAUAUUGGCCAGCAACAGCAUCAGCAUCAGCUGCAGCAGCAUUACGAACAAGACCAGUACGACCAACAAUUUCAAUAUCAUCAACACCACCAGCAACAACAACAACAGCAGCAACAUCACCAACUACAUCAACAGUACAAUACAAUGCAAUAUGUUGGCGGAGGGGGACGGGUGAUGACAGCGAAUCCCCAGCGCCAGCAAUCACACACAAUGAAUUCCCACAACAAAGGCAUGAUGCAGCAGCACCAUCAGCAGCAGCAGCAGCAUAUGUUGAUUUCGGUAGCGGAUGGCGGCAGCGACGACGUAACCGACGACAUCAUUGGCGCAGACAACACAGAUCCUGGUGGCAGCGGCUAUAUGAACGGCAGCAUCGGUGGCACUGCACCACAUCAAAUUACAUACAAUCUGAAUAAUUGCUUUCCGAAAAGUUACACGGAAUAUUAUCACCAACAGCAACAGCAGAAGCAUAAAAAUGGCGCCUCGAAUAACACGUCCAGCGCGCAGCUGUUGAAUGCCAUCGAACAUGACUGCCCCACAUAUGCGAUAGUGGAGCGCAAUACAGCGAGUGCAGCUGGUCUUGAUCCCAGCCCAAUACACGCAGAUGGUGCACACAAUGCACGUAGUGGGGCAGGUCCAACGCUCAGCGCUGCUGCCGUCAGCACGAAUCCCUUUCUGGCCAUAAGCAAUUUUAAAAAAUAUGACACUGGCAAUGGCUCGUCGCCGGAUAAUGCAUAUCAACCGCACAUACUGGAUAUCAGCAAUACAGGGUCCAUGCAACGGACUGCCAAGCGCAGGCCUAUGCUAGAUGGCUGCAAAUCGGAGGAUAAGAAAUUUUACUCGCUGAAAUUCUCCGGUGGAGGCGGCGGCGGUAAAAACAAAACACCACACUCAGCGCAUAAGUCGCCGGCGAGUGGUUUCUUGAAUGCGUCCAUGAUUAUGCACGGCGGCAAUGGUGGUAAAUGCAAGCGACAUCAUUCUUUUGCUGGUGGUAGCAUUGGCGAUAUUGACUCCGCUGGCCCGGGCGCCCAACAUAAUGCGCAUCAGGUUAAAUCGUCGGCAUUGAUGCGCUUCUACGAUCCGCCUGCCUAUGAGAAUUUGUCUGGUGACAACUCAGCUGCUGUGCAGGUGCACGAGUGCGCCGUAGAGGCGCAUCCAUCGCCAGCCGGUGGCGGUAUGAGUGGCACAGCCACCAUACUACUACAUCCGCAGCCUACGACUAAUGGCAGCGGCGCAAGUGGCAGUCAAACACAAGCUGGACAAACGGGUCACAAGAAAAAACAUCACCAUCGCCAACACCAGCAGAAGGAUGAUUUCAAUUUGAUUGAGCCGGAACGAUUGAGCAUAUAUCGCAGCGAUUCGGGCAUUUCGAAUAGCUCGUAUGAGUGCGUUACGCCCGUGCCACCGCCGCCGGGAAGCACGCGCACAACGGCUGUAAUCAACGGUCACGCGGCAACACCAAAAACGCCCAAAGGCUCCAAAUUGGCGAAGCAUGCUUCCACCCACGCUGGUAGUGGUGGUCCGAGUCAUAGUGGUGGUGGACUCGUCAAUGGCGUUAAUUAUAAGAAGACUAUGCGUCAGCUCGGUGGCAGCAAGUGUAACAUUGCGAAUGCAACCGCCAGCGGCACUUCGUUACCCGUUUAUAUGAACGUGGACGGUCAGCCUACCAACGCGUAUGAACGCUCCUGUUCGCCUAGUUCCGGUCUCGUCAAUUCCUCCUACGAAUCUGCGUCGUCCUCCCAAAAUGACGGUCACGGCGGACCAGGCUCUACAGAUCCCACGUCCUUGUCAUCAUGCAACUCGUUGUACAGUAGCGGCACCGGUACGCUAAUUGGUGUGACUCCGCUCAUGAAAACGGGUGGAGUGGGUUUAACAGCUGCUCGUUGUGGGCUCCAUCAGAAACCUGCCGAAGUGACUACGCCUGAAGAGUAUGAACAAUAUCAGCUAGGCCACCACCGUCAUUCCGCCUCAUCGCUUAGUGUUGCAAGCACAGUAAGUGCAAGUGGCACACGUCGUUGCAAAAAACAGCAAUCCGCUUUGGCACCGGCUGGAUCUGUAACAGGGAUUGAGCAAACAAACGGUGUGCAACAGCGGCCGCCUGCGCUGCCAACGCCGCCACCGCCACCCACAGCAUCGGCGGCUGCAGUAAGAAACUACGACGAAAGACUAUCAGCGACCCCUACGCACAUAUCCGCUACAUCACCCACGGCAGCGGCAGCGCCUACGGGCACGCCAAUCACUGCACAAGCGACAACGGCGCUCUCGAACGCCAAGCACACGCCCACAAUUAUUGCGCCCAAUCUGCGUGUUGCGCGCUCGAAGCAGCAGCAACAGCAACUUCAACAGCAUCAUCUCAACAACAGCAAAUUAGGCUACAACAACACCAUGACAACAACAAUGGUCGCCAGCGUCAACAGCAAUAUAAACAAUCGUUGCUAAUCCCGCGAAAAUUACACA